CCGCAAGCACGCUAGUUUUGUAUCGUUGGUGAAAAUCAGCAACGUGGUUUGGAAGGCGACGAGGUAGCGUGCUCUGGUUUGAUAUUUGAGGAUUGUUGCAAUCUAUCUUUUUGCAAUGACUGAAGGUAAAUCGCCUUCUGCCAAACCGGCCAAAAGCCUGCUGGCGUUAAAUCCGAGCGAGGAGGCCGAAUUUAAGAAGAAAGUACAGGCAGUGAAAACGCGUCCCAAAAAAGGUGAACCGUUGAACCCCGGAGUCGUUUACGUGGCCCACCUUCCAAAUGGGCUCUUUGAGCCCCAACUCCGACAGUAUUUCGAACAGUUUGGGACUGUGCUGAGGUUACGACUCUCCAGGAGCAAGAAGACUGGUGGGAGCAAAGGUUAUGCUUUUGUGGAGUUUGAUUGUGAUGAAGUGGCCAAAAUUGUUGCAGAAACCAUGAAUAAUUAUCUCAUGGGAGAAAGACUAAUAAAAUGUAGCCUGGUGCCUCCCGAGAGGGUCCACAGCCGGCUGUUCGUUGGAUCUAAGAAGGUCUUUGCAAAGCCUUCAUUACCUGCUGUGAAGCGCUACAAUAAGAAGCGUACAUCAGAAGAGACCAAACGCAUGACCGGCAAACUACUACAGAAAGAAGCCAAACUGCGCAAGAAGUUAGCAGCGAAGGGAAUCGACUAUGACUUCCCCGGAUUUGCUUCUCAGUUGUCCAAAAAUAAGACGGCAGCAGAUGACACCAACGCUUCUAUUUGCAGUCAGGAUGUUACCCCUGUGUGCACUCCAUCUGUCCUGGAGAAGAGGAAGUCUGUUAAAAUCGAUGACGACGACGAGGAUGAUGAGAUCAUAAUCAAAGCCCAACCCACACCAAAGACGUCUAAACGAAAAAAGACAACAUAGAUGGAAAUGUGUUCAUCUGAGGACUGAUAACGAAUGGACAAUGCCAAUCCUCACACUAUUGCAAUAUUAAAAUUGCCUUAAAAUGCCAUGUACACACUUUUUACAAUGGGAUUAAUGUGCUAUGUCCCAUAAAUUAGUGUAUGUGGCUGUGGAUUGAUAUUUGGCGGAACUGGCGACUGGAGGAAAAUCCUUAUGAGGAUUUUCAGUGGCUCACUGUCACUGUUGACGUUUGCUUUUUGGUAAUUCACCAAUCUCUUGCAUCUUCCUGUGGGGAUAACCGGAAAUUAUCCAGAGACAGUCAGUUGAAUUCUUUGUGUAAAAUGUAAUAUGUGUCAAGCAACUUGUGUAUUUUUCAUUAAAUCUGAAUUGUAUGGCA